AUGACGGCAAAGCUCAAGAUCCUCUUUGGCUUCUACCAGAUCUGCACCGUCCUGUCCUCCACCUACUCGGCGCGGCUGCCGGCCAAGUACACGGACUGGACGGAGAAGCUGGCCAACUUGAUCUCCAUCGACUGGUCUGGCUUGUUUCUGCCGGAGCAGUGCCUCGGCUACAACCUGCGACUCCUCGCCAUCGCUCUCUCCCCCGUCGCCCUCAUCGCACUGCUGAUGAUCGCGGGAAUAAGUCUGCGGCUCUGCCGCUGGCGUGCUGCCGCGGCGCCGCGGGAGAGAUCGUGGUACGCGGAGGUGGCCCUCGGCCUCCUCGACCUCACGCCGGCCGGCCUCGUGCUCAUCUUCUGCUUCGCCUACACCAUCUCUCCGCCGAACGACCGCCUGGAGCAGGUCUCCUACAUGCGGCAGGACGCGAGCGUCGAGUGCGGCUCCGACGAGCACGAGUCCAUCACCGAUCUCGCCACCGGUUUCAUCGUCCUCUGGCCCACCGGCUCGCUGGUCCUCUUCACGUCGCUCCUCGCCGCCUGCUACAAGCCGCUGCAGGCCAAGUCGCCGAACGAUCUGACGCGGGCCACUGCCUUCCUCCACCGGGAGUACGAGCAGACCUGGUACUGGUGGGAGGCGGUCGAGCUGGCGCGCAAGCUCGUGCUGACCGGUUUCGUGCUGCUGAUACCGGAGGAGAACGCCUUUAUUCGCCUGUUGGUGGCGACCCUCAUCUGCUCCUUCUACGCCGUCGUACUCGCCGUCGUGCGGCCCUACAAGCGGGUCGAGGACGACGUGCUCGCCGUCGCAACGAGCCUCGUGCUCCUCCUCCUCUUCCUCGGCACCAACUGGACCACCAUCUUCCUCGGCAUCGAGGAGCGGUACCAGGAAGCCAACCCCGCCGAUGUCCUCGGCUUCGGCAAGCUCAAUGCGAUCGUGGACACGAUGAUCGGCCUCGUCGCAGUCGUGCUCGUGUUCUUCUCAAUCGGCGCCAUCGUCGCCGCCCGCCGCGUCGCCAAGAUCCCCACGAUCCGACUCGUCUCGAACAAGCAGCCCCCCGAGCUGAGCAUCGGGAUGGGCCUCACGUGGCACCUCUUCAACAGCCACAUCUGGUCGACCGGUCAAGACGCCGUAAAAGUCAUCAAGGGUGAGCUCCUGCAGCUGCUGCCGGGCGUCAAGAUCUUUCUCGACGUCGAUGACCUAGAGGAUAUCGGGGCGCUCGAGGAGUACAUCCAGCGCUCGCAAGUCAUCCUCUUCUUCCUCUCGAGGGGCUACUUCCGCUCCAAGGCUCGCCUCUUCCUCCCACCCCGCCUCUACCGCACUCUGGCCUCACCUCCCGCCUCCCCCGCGCCUCAGAACUGCCUCCGCGAGAUCCGCUCGUCGCUCGAGAAGGACAAGCCGCUCGUCCUCGUCCAAGAAGCGGACCCUGACAAGGGCGGCGGGACGCUGCAGGCGCUGCGCGACGAGUGCCCCGAGGACCUGCAGCCCGACAUCUUUGACAAGGACUGGCCGCUCACGAUCUGGUAUCGCAUUGAAGAGUUUCAGCUCGCGGUGCUCCUCUGCUCGCCCGCCUAUCUGAACGAGGCCUCCCUCCCGCUCUGCGUGUCGGGCGAGCCCGAGAGCCAGCCGCUCGCCUUUUCCAAACCGUGCACGCUCUGGGCCUCGCCGGCCAACCCGGGGUCGCUGGAGCUGGCCAACGAUCUCGCCGCCGCCUUUGCCGGCCUCACCGUCUCCACCGUUGCGGACGUUGGCUCCUCUGCAUCAGCACGCCCCUCCACGGCACUUCGCGGGUUGGCACGCCGAUCGCGCCGCGCCGCCGAUGUGACCCACAUGCUGUUGUACCUCAAUCAGAAUACCUGGCUGGAGGAGGACGGCGAGCGGCUGGCCGAGCAGGUCAAGCAAGCGCGCGAGGACAAGCUGAAGAUCGUCAUGGCGCACGAGAACGACCCCGCGCUCGGCGGCUGCCAGUUCUCGCGCUUUUUCGAACUCGACUUUGCCUUUCGUGACGAGCAGGGCCGUCCCUGCCCGCAGGUUUCGCUCGUGCUUCUGGCAAAGAGCCUAGGCGCGACCCCCGCUCGGUCGCGGGCGGACCUCCUCGUUUCAGGCAGCGUCGCUGAGGGCAGCACCAGCCUCGCGAAGCGAAGCUUUGGCGGCCUCAGCCGGGUGUUCGCCAAGAUGAGCAGCCGCAGCUCUGCGGAGGCGCGCGACGUCUCUGCCGGCGAGGCGUCGUCGGUGCAGCGGCAGGUCUGA